UCUAUCUAUUUCAUCAAAGAUCACAUAAAACAAACUACAAAGAAUCUCCAAGCUAAGCCGCUGCCGAGAUCAACCAGCCUUUCCGCCGCCGAUAUGGACUGUGGCAAGAUCCUCCGGGUUACAGAUUACGCCCAUUAUCUUGUAUGCACCCUUUUGUUCUUUGGUGCUUUCUCAUUCAUUCUCAUCAUCUCAACUAACCCUAACCAUUCCAUGAAUCCCCUCUCUCUCUUUCAUGGGCAAAACCCUCCAUGCCUACCUUCACAACCCACCACUGAAAAGCAUAGACUGAAGAUGUAUAGAGAUAAGCUUGAGGAGGCGUUAGCCGGAGCGUCGAUGGAGAAUAAUAAGACGGUGAUAAUCGCGGUGGUGAAUAAAGCGUACGUGGACGGCGACAAGUCGAUGUUGGAUAUGUUCUUGGACGGGUUUUGGGUAGGGGAAGGUACAAGGGAGUUGGUGAAACACUUGCUGAUCGUCGCCGUCGACCAAACGUCGUACGAGCGUUGCACGUUUUUGGGGCUUCAUUGCUACAAGCUCGGAACGGACGACGUCGAUUUCGCCGGAGAGAAGGUGUUUAUGUCGCCGGACUUCCUAGAUAUGAUGUGGAGAAGAACUCAAUUCUUGGGUGACGUUCUUAAACUCGGUUACUCCUUUAUAUUUACGGACACUGAUGUUAUAUGGCUAAGAAAUCCAUUCCCCAGACUACGUGACCUAAACGAAACCCUAGAUCUUCAGAUCAGUACAGAUAACUUCAACGGCGAUGACCGAUCAGAAUCAAAUCCGAUCAACACCGGCUUCUAUAUGGUCCGAUCCAACAACCGAACCAUCGCGCUGUUCAAUUCCUGGUACGGAUUGAAAAACUCGUCGAAUGGGAAGAAAGAGCAAGACGUGUUGAACGAGUUAAUUAGCCAAGGCGUGAUCGCAAAGCUAGGGCUCAAAGUGAAAUUCCUCAACACUAAAUUCUUCAGCGGAUUUUGCCAGGAUAGUGGGGACGUUAAGUCCGUCGUGACGGUGCACGCCAACUGUUGCAGGACUAUAACCGCCAAGCUAGCUGAUUUGACGGCGGUGAUUCACGACUGGCAGAGGUUUAAAAGCUUCUCCGGCGAUGCGAACCAAACGGCGGCGUUUCAUUGGUCGCCGCACGAUCGCUGCAUGGAUUCAUGGAAUCACUGAUGCAUGUGUUAUAAUAUGUGUGUAUAAAUGUUUCGUAGAUUGAUUUUUCGACCUAAUUAAAGAUUAAAAGGAGAAAAAUUAAUUAGGA